AUGGCGGGUCGUAGAGACGGGUCGUUGAUGCGGGAUAAGACCCAGUCAUUUCGUGGAUCUCGAAUAGUGACAGCCAUUGUCGUCGGAGUCCUUCUUGGCUCGGUCUGCGCCUUCUUCUUUCCGCGCGGAUUCUUCAGCUCGGAUCCGCCUAUCCAAAGCCGUCGAUUCGGGAAAUUGGAUCUCCAGACUAGCUCAUCCCAAUGUGAAUCAACAGAACGGAUAAACAUGCUGAGGUCUGACAUUGGAUCGCUGUCGGACAAGAAUGACGAGCUGAAGAAACAGGUUCAAGAUCUAACUGAAAAACUACGGCUAGCUGAACAAGGAAAGGAUCAUGCACAUGAGCAGUUUUCAGUAUUAGGCAAACCGCAUAAGGCUGGCCCUCUUGGUACUGUCAAGGGCUUGAGAACUAACCCGACUGUCAUUCCCGAUGAAUCUGUGAAUCCGAGGUUGGCAAAGAUCUUGGAGGAUGUUGCAGUUCAGAAAGAGCUUAUAGUUGCACUUGCAAAUUCAAAUGUGAAAGCCAUGUUGGAGAUAUGGUUUACUAGCAUCAAGAGGGUUGGUAUAACCAAUUAUCUAGUUGUAGGAUUAGACGACGAGAUUGAAGAAUUUUGUAUAGCUAAUGAUGUUCCUGUAUACAAGAGAGAUCCAGAUGAGGGUAUUGAUUCAAUUGCAAAGACAGGAGGUAACCAUGCCGUCUCUGGGUUGAAAUUUCGUAUCUUGAGGGAGUUUCUGCAACUAGGUUACAGUGUUCUUCUCUCAGAUGUUGAUAUAGUAUAUUUGCAGAACCCCUUCAAUCAUCUUUAUCGGGAUUCUGAUGUAGAGUCUAUGAGUGAUGGUCACAAUAACAUGACCGCUUAUGGAUUUAAUGAUGUGUUUGAUGAACCUUCUAUGGGUUGGGCUCGCUAUGCUCAUACAAUGAGGAUAUGGGUAUAUAACUCUGGGUUCUUUUACAUAAGACCUACACUUCCUUCAAUUGAGCUUUUAGAUCGUGUGGCUGGACGGCUCUCUAAGGAAAAAGCAUGGGACCAAGCAGUGUUCAAUGAGGAACUCUUUUUCCCUUCACAUCCGGGGUACGAUGGGCUUCAUGCUUCCAAGAGAACUAUGGAUUUCUAUCUCUUUAUGAACAGCAAGGUCCUCUUCAAGACAGUCAGGAAAGAUGCUAAUUUGAAAAAAUUGAAACCAGUAAUCCUUCAUGUAAAUUACCACCCAGAUAAACUUCCAAGGAUGAAGGCAAUUAUGGAGUUCUAUGUUAACGGCAAGCAAGAUGCGCUGGAACCUUUCCCCGAGGGUUCUCAAUGGUAG